AUGGUGAUCAAAAAAGUUAAAUUGGGAGGAUAUGGCCACACAGUUGAGAUUGACGAAUCAAAAUUUGGGCGUCGAAAACACCAUAGAGGUCACAGGGUUGAGGGACAGUGGGUAUUCGGGGGCUAUGAAAGGGAAACUGGCAAUGUUUUCAUGGUCCCGGUUGAAAAGCGUGACGCCACAACCCUACUAAACGUCAUAAAAGAGUGGAUCAAGCCCGGAACAACCAUAAUCUCCGAUUGUUGGAAGGCUUACAACACCUUAAACAAUGAAGGCUAUGUCCACAUGACGGUCAACCAUAGCCUCCAUUUCAAGGACCCGGAAACUGGAGUGCACUCAAAUUCCAUUGAGACUUCCUGGAGACACGCCAAGGCAUCAAUGUCCAAUUAUUGCCGGAAAAAAAAAUUUUUCGCGGGAUACUUGGCCAAACACAUGUUUACCAAACACUGUCGGAUCUACAAUUUAGAUCCGACAGCUGAGUUUUUCAAAAACGCCGGUAGACUGUACCAUAAAGAUAACGAAAAUGUUAUAUUUAAUGACGGCCGCGGCGGUGACGACGACGACGACGACGACGGCAACGACGAAGAAUUGUAGAAUUAUAAGAAUUGUACUUAGUUGAUAGUGAAUAAAAAUUAAAAUAGUUGAAAAAAUUUGUUGUGCAUAGGAAGUGCACAAUCUGUUUUCAUAUAAUCUGUGGCGUUACUGCGCAUGCGCUGGGACUUAUUCGCGUGUAUGGGCAGUGAUGCCUUGCUAGCGGCACUCGUCGCUACGCUCCUCGGCGCCGUCGCUCCGCUCCGCAAAUCGAAAAUAUCCCUCGACUUGCUGUGCAACACCACCUUAAGUAGGUCACAGGGUAAGUUAUGUCGUAGUAUGGGCAGUGAUGCUUUGCUAGCAUCAAUCUUCAUGAUAGGGACAGUGAACUUAAAAUAGCGAACUUCAUUCGCCGAUAACUUCGAAACUAAG